UGGUUAUAAAAGCACUUUGUGUUCUGUGUCAAAAAAAAAAGAAAAAGAAAAAGAAAAAGAAAACCGCAGCUGCUCAAUUAUAUAUCGUCAAGCUCAGGCUCUUGGUUCUUCCUCUGACGUUGUGUCGAUACUAAAUUUGAUGGGGGAUUCAAUUAGCAGUUUGCCAGAUGAGAUUCUUGGCAAACUCCUGUCUCUAGUUCCGACAAAAGUGGCUGCUUCCACAUCGGUUCUGUCCAAGAGGUGGAGGAAUCUUCUGUCUCUUGUAGACAGCCUUAGUUUUGAUGAGUCGAUGGUUGUCUAUCCUAACGAAGAAGAAGCAACAAUAGGUUCACAACGCUUCUGUGAUUUCGUAGACAAGACACUUGCUCUGCUACACAACUCUCCCGCCAUCAAGACAUUCUCUCUGUAUCGUGUAGCUAAGACUAUGAGUUACAACGACGAAUCCGCCCGUCUCAACCGUUGGAUUUGGACUGCAAUGGAACAAGGUUUAUUGGAACUACACUUGUACGCCCCAGCCAGUAGGUCUACUGUUAAUAUAGAACCUAGGGUACUAAGGAGUAACACACUGGUUAAGCUCACAAUCUCCGGUCAUUAUGAUAUUGAUGUAGAUAGUGAUGGUGAAGAUAGUGAUGAUGAAGAUAUUGAUGAAUCUCUGGAUGUGUUUUUCCCCGCCCUCAAAUCACUUUCUCUGAUGGUUGCGCUUGAUAUUGAAUCCUAUCCCCGAAUCAUCCAUGCUUGUCCUGUGCUGGAAGAGUUAACCAUACGCAAUGGGGACUUUUCAGAUAUGGGGCCACUUUGGGGGGGUACGGUUGUGGAACAUGCAUCGAUCAAGCGUCUUGUGAUUGCUACGCAUGUUCCUGAUCAUAUUGACUACUAUCUCUUGUUAGAGUAUUUCGAAAAUGCUUGCCAAACAGUUCGUUUCCAAGCACCAAGUCUCGUCUACCUUGACUAUUCUAGUUUUGUCUUUAGAAAGUAUGCCGUUGGUGAUUUGGAUUCUCUUGUCGAAGCAAGGCUGAGUCUCAAGUUAUGGAGGUCAACUAGUCAUUAUGAUUACGAUGAUGAUUAUUAUUACGAUUAUAAUGCUUCUCUUUGUGAUGAUGAUGAUCCAAGCCCGCCUAUAUUCGGUGAUGUUACAUGUCUUGUUGCUGCUAUAAGAAACAUUACCACCCUUCACUUGUCUCCUGAUUCCCUUGAGGUGUUUCAUUUCUGUUGUAAAUCCAUGCCUAUCUUCAACAACCUUCUUAAUUUAUCUAUCGAGAGUAACAAUCAAAAUGGUUGGCAAGUAAUGCCACUUCUGCUCAAGUCUUGUCCAAAUCUACAAACUUUAGUCUUCAAGGGUCUUGUUCACAAAGUAACAAAUAGAUGUGGAGAUGCAUGCGCUUGUAACCCUCAGAAUCCAAGUCUGAAAAAUAGUAAGAAGAUGAAAAAGAAGAAAAAAAUAUGUUGUCUACAGACAUGUCCAGUGAAGGUGCUAGAGAUUUCAGACUAUGGAGGUUGUUUUCAAGAGGUGGAACAAAUGAGACAUUUCUUGGGAAAUUUGAAAUGUCUUGAAACUGUAAAAGUUGGUGUUGAUCCGGACAACAAAGGCAAGAAUGCUGAGUUCCUGCGAGCUAAUCUAACGAAUCUUCCCAAACUUUCAUCAAAGUGCACUAUUCAACUCCUCUGAGCUAUUUUUUUUUCAUCUUUCUUGUGUUAUGUAAUAACAUAUAUUAUUGUUAUCACUUUAAACAUCCCUCUUUCAUAUUAAUUGCAAUAUUUAUCUCUGGAAA